AGGAGAUCGACAGAGAGAGAGAAAAACGAAUCGUGUCAAGUUACUAAGCGCUGUCAUUUCUGAUGGUACUUCAUAGCAUUCGUUGCAUAUCGGUAGUGUUUUCGAGCAUUUACUAGAAACGAAAUUUACCAAAACGAACACAUAUUUAAUUGAAAUUUGUAAUUGAAAUGGCGGAUACAACCGUAGACGCAACACGACGCUUAAAUGUGAAAAAACAAACAUUGGACGACGCUUAUGCGGCGCCUGCAAAUUUCCUUGAAAUCGAUGUUAUUAAUCCGAUUACACAUGGUGUCGGCAAGAAACGUUAUACCGAUUAUGAAGUUCGUAUGAGAACAAACUUGCCAGUCUUUAAAGUAAAGGAUUCAACAGUAAGAAGACGAUACAGUGAUUUCGAAUGGCUGAGAAAUGAAUUAGAAAGAGAUAGUAAGAUUGUGGUACCACCUUUACCAGGGAAAGCAUGGAAACGUCAAAUGCCUUUUCGUGGAGACGAUGGAAUAUUUGAGGAAGAUUUUAUCGAAGAUCGAAGAAAAGGCUUGGAAGUUUUCGUUAACAAAAUAGCUGGACAUCCUUUGGCACAGAACGAACGAUGUUUGCAUAUGUUUCUGCAAGAACCGGUGAUAGACAAAAAUUAUGUACCUGGAAAGAUACGUAAUACAUAAGUUGCUAUAAAAAAUAUAUAUAUAUAUAUAUAUAUAUCACGAAUACCU